ACAGCAGAUGGCAAGAACAGUAGCCCUCCCAGUCACGCUGUCUGCUUCAGAUCCUGGCUUCCCUGAGUGCUGUGGUGCUGUGCAGAGUGUGGAGCCGGAGUCCCGGAGCCUCUCUCUGGGUGGCCAUGUGGGCUUCGACAGCCUUCCUGACCAGCUGGUCAGCAAGUCAGUCGCUCAAGGCUUCAGCUUCAACAUCCUCUGUGUGGGGGAGACUGGCAUUGGCAAGUCCACACUGAUGAACACACUCUUCAACACGACCUUUGAGACUGAAGAAGCCAGUCACCACGAGGAGUGUGUGCGCCUGCGGCCGCAGACCUAUGACCUCCAAGAGAGCAAUGUGCACCUCAAGCUGACCAUUGUGGAUGCCGUGGGCUUCGGGGACCAGAUCAAUAAGGACGACAGUUACAGGCCCAUAGUUGACUACAUCGAUGCACAGUUUGAAAACUAUCUGCAGGAAGAGCUGAAGAUCCGCCGCUCCCUGUUUGACUACCAUGACACACGGAUCCACGUGUGCCUCUACUUCAUUACACCCACCGGACACUCCCUGAAGUCCUUGGACCUGGUGACCAUGAAGAAGCUAGAUAGCAAGGUGAACAUAAUUCCCAUCAUUGCCAAGGCUGACACCAUCUCCAAGAGCGAGCUCCACAAGUUCAAGAUCAAGAUCAUGGGCGAGUUGGUCAGCAACGGGGUCCAGAUCUACCAGUUUCCCACCGAUGACGAGGCCGUCGCGGAGAUUAAUGCCGUCAUGAAUGCACACCUGCCCUUUGCCGUGGUGGGCAGCACCGAGGAGGUGAAGGUGGGAAACAAGCUGGUCCGAGCGCGACAGUACCCCUGGGGCGUGGUGCAGGUGGAAAAUGAGAAUCACUGCGACUUCGUGAAGCUCCGGGAGAUGCUGAUCCGGGUGAACAUGGAGGAUCUCCGUGAGCAGACCCACAGCCGGCAUUAUGAGCUCUACCGGCGCUGUAAACUGGAGGAGAUGGGCUUCCAGGACAGUGACGGGGACAGCCAGCCCUUCAGCCUUCAGGAGACCUACGAGGCCAAGAGGAAGGAGUUCCUCAGUGAGCUUCAGAGGAAGGAGGAGGAGAUGAGGCAGAUGUUUGUCAACAAAGUGAAGGAGACAGAGCUGGAGCUGAAGGAGAAGGAAAGGGAGCUGCACGAGAAGUUUGAGCACCUGAAGAGGAUCCACCAGGAGGAGAAGCGCAAGGUGGAGGAGAAGCGCCGGGAGCUGGAGGAGGAGACCAGCGCCUUCAACUGCAGGAAGGCGGCUGUGGAGGCCCUGCAGUCCCAGGCGCUGCACGCCACUUCACAGCAACCCCUGAGGAAGGACAAGGACAAGAAGAAAUCUUGACCCUCAGCCUGGGACGUCACAAACUGAAGCCAGUUCUGCUUCGCCCGUCACAAAUGCCAAACUGACUGCCCUUCCCCAGGGUCCGUCUCGCUGUCUUUUGCUUCUGUUUGAUUUAGUCUUCGUACCUUUUAAUGUGUCUGUUUUUGUUUUGUUUGUUUUAUUUUUAUUUUUCAGUUAACGCACGCACAGACUUACAUGUCAAGAGCGGACUUUCAUGUGUUAAGACUUUCAUGUGUUAAGUUGCUUGAGUUACACCUUGUGACCCUUCUCCCAUAACAUGGUGUGAGGACGGACGGGGAGCCAGGACAGACGCCAGUGUUUACGGCCUUGCCCCCGCCCCGGCCCGGCCCCAGGCCACCCUUGGGUCUGCGACCCUUGCCCUCUAUGCACAUGUGCAAAAGCCAUGAAUGCUGGAACCCCAAACUGACGAGGUUUAUUUUUUUCAGAGCCAGUGGCUGGUCUUCCAUUUACAGUGUCACUAUCCCUUGACGGAGCAGGCAUAAGGCCCUCUAGCGAAGGCCCAGCCGCAGUGCUAGGCCUCGUUGUCCAGCGUCCAGAUGGCGGCUCACGUGGUGCCCCAGGCUCAGCCUGUGGUCUGGUAAACAUGCUGCAGGAUUUGUCUGCUCCCCUCUUUAAUUUUUUCUAACCUAGAGUUUAAUUUCAAUAAUAACUGAAAAACUUCUAAAUUUUUAUUUUGGCACCAGGGUAAAGACAAAUAUUCUCUCCCUUUAUUUUUGUAAGUAACACAGACUCCCUGGUUUUUAAAAACUAAAAAAACUUUUAAGCCUUUCUUAUGUACAAAGUACUCCUAUAAUAACAUACAGGGAGCGGUGGGUAAUAAACUUCCUGUACUGACAGUGUUGGAACUUUCUUUACCAAUGGAAGUGGACCGUGAGCAAGAGCACGUCCAGCGCUUUCACUGUGAAUGUAAAUGGAACAACAGCCCCAAGCCAUUGUCUCUGGCCAGAGGUGCUACCUGGGAAGGGGACCAAUGCCAUGUCUGUGUGUUAAGUGUUGAAUUCCAAGUAAGACUCCCAGCCAACCUGGCUCUCCAGUGCGGAGAGGCUCUGGGAAAGAGGCAGCUGCCCUGGGCUCAUUGCUUCUUUCUUCCAGGCUGAGGCACAAGGCAAGAGGAGGAGCUACCUGAUACAUUUAGGACAAUUGGAGAAAAAAUGAGCAGUCUGGGGCUCUUCUCCUUCAGCUGCACCGUACAGAACAACUUUGUAAGACCCUCCUAGCAGCAUUCAGUCUUCUGUGUGCUUUGCACCCUGGGAGGUAAAAGUUGCUGUCUGUGCCGCUAGGCGCCCUCGGCCUUCCUGGGUGGAGCCCUGCCAGGCAUCCUCUGUAUUGCUGGGUUGGUAGCUUUUCACAGCCCGUACUUCUGCAUCACCAUUUCUUCCUCCCUGCCCAGCCUGCUUUAUUGAUCUCCAUGACCAAAUCUGGGCUUCCUCCUAUCCCUCUUGAGAUGAUGUUGGAUCUGAGAGUUAGGUAGAGGCAGAGUCCGGCCCAGUGGUACAUGCCUAUAAUCCAGCACUCGAGGCUGAGGCAGGAGGAUCACUAGGCCUGGCCACAUAAUGAGUUGAAGGCCAGCCUGAACUCCAUAGGAGACCCUGUCUCAAUGCCCCACCAUGCAGAAAAGGGCCAAGUGGGAGGCUGGACUCUGAUGGGUCCACUGAGGCACAGCCAGAAAUGGGCAGCCUGUACAGGUGAGGGGCUCCUCAUGCCAGCAGUAGAGGAGAUUUUAUUGAUACCUCAAGUGAAAAUUCUCCUACUGUUACACCGUGACCAGGGCUGGAACUUGAACUGUCUAGGGAGGCUAUGUUAAGCCACGUCCAGGCCUGAAAGCAGACACACCUGGGUCAGAGCCCGCCCUGGACACUCCUCUCCUAGUGGGUGGCUUUCUGACAGCGAGGCUCAGUGACCAGCAGGGGCAGUGCUUCUGUGAGAGUGAGGACGCCUGCUUCAUGGGCCUCCAGGCGGACCCUACACCUGCCCACUGUGGGUCAGGGAAGGCCUCGCUGUGGUGCCUGCUGGCCUGCCGACCUGAGAGACUGCCCAGCAGCGCUAGCAGGUUUGGGGUCUGAGCUGCUGCACAGGACCGUCAGCUUUAGCUCACCUCACUGCACCCCACCCCUGCUGCUUGUGUUGGGAAUUUUGUCGUUUUGAGCUGAGACCAAAUUCUUGGUGUACAGGGUGAGCACAACUGUUCCUAACCAGCCCACUGUGAAGCAUGGCUCCCAUGUGCAGAUCUCAUGUGUCCCCUCAUCAUUCGCUGGCAUCAUUUGGG